AUGACGACUCACGUCACCCUGGAAGAUGCCCUGUCCAAUGUGGACCUGUUGGAGGAGCUGCCCCUCCCCGACCAGCAGCCAUGCAUCGAACCUCCACCAUCUUCCAUCAUGUACCAAGCUAACUUUGACACAAACUUUGAGGACCGGAAUGCAUUUGUUACGGGCAUCGCAAGAUACAUUGAGCAGGCCACAGUGCACUCCAGCAUGAAUGAAAUGUUGGAGGAAGGACACGAAUAUGCAGUCAUGCUUUACACCUGGAGAAGCUGCUCCCGGGCCAUCCCCCAGGUAAAAUGUAAUGAGCAGCCAAAUCGUGUAGAGAUCUAUGAGAAGACAGUGGAGGUCCUGGAGCCAGAGGUCACCAAACUGAUGAAGUUCAUGUACUUUCAGCGCAAGGCCAUCGAGCGGUUCUGCAGUGAGGUGAAGAGACUGUGCCACACAGAGAGGAGGAAGGACUUCGUCUCUGAGGCCUACCUCCUGACCCUGGGCAAGUUCAUCAACAUGUUCGCUGUCCUGGAUGAGCUGAAGAAUAUGAAAUGCAGUGUCAAGAAUGACCAUUCUGCCUAUAAGAGAGCAGCCCAGUUCCUGAGGAAGAUGGCGGACCCACAGUCUAUCCAGGAGUCUCAGAACCUCUCCAUGUUCCUGGCAAACCACAACAGGAUCACACAGUGUCUUCAUCAGCAACUGGAGGUAAUCCCAGGCUAUGAGGAGCUGCUGGCUGACAUCGUCAACAUCUGUGUGGAUUACUAUGAGAAUAAGAUGUACCUAACCCCCAGUGAGAAGCACAUGCUCCUUAAGGUCAUGGGGUUUGGCCUCUACCUGAUGGAUGGAAACGUCAGUAACAUUUACAAACUGGAUGCCAAGAAGAGAAUCAACCUCAGCAAAAUAGAUAAGUUCUUUAAGCAGCUGCAGGUGGUCCCCUUAUUCGGCGAUAUGCAGAUAGAACUGGCCAGAUACAUUAAGACCAGUGCUCACUAUGAGGAGAACAAAUCCAAGUGGACAUGCACACAGAGCAGCAUCAGCCCCCAGUACAACAUCUGUGAGCAGAUGGUCCAGAUCCGGGAUGACCACAUCCGCUUCAUCUCCGAGCUUGCUCGCUAUAGCAACAGUGAGGUGGUGACUGGUUCUGGAUUGGACAGCCAGAAAUCCGAUGAAGAGUACAGGGAACUCUUUGACCUGGCUUUGCGAGGGCUCCAGCUGUUAUCCAAGUGGAGUGCCCAUGUCAUGGAGGUGUACUCGUGGAAGCUGGUUCAUCCCACUGACAAGUUCUGCAACAAGGACUGCCCUGGCACAGCAGAGGAAUAUGAGAGAGCCACCCGCUACAACUACACUAGUGAAGAAAAGUUUGCCUUUGUGGAGGUGAUUGCUAUGAUCAAAGGUCUACAAGUGCUGAUGGGCAGGAUGGAGAGUGUCUUUAACCAGGCCAUCAGGAAUACCAUCUAUGCCGCCCUGCAAGACUUUGCCCAGGUGACUCUACGAGAGCCCCUGAGGCAGGCUGUGAGGAAGAAGAAGAAUGUUCUCAUCAGUGUCCUACAGGCCAUUCGGAAAACAAUCUGUGACUGGGAAGGAGGUCGGGAACCACCCAAUGACCCUUGCCUGAGAGGGGAGAAGGACCCUAAGGGUGGCUUUGACAUCAAGGUUCCAAGACGAGCUGUCGGACCUUCUAGCACUCAGGUAAGAAGCACUGGCUUGGUCUGGCUUGGAGGUUGUAGGCCCAAACCAACAAGGGAUCAAGAGAAAAUGGGGACUUUGUUAUACAUGGUGAGGACCAUGCUGGAGUCCCUCAUCGCAGACAAAAGUGGCUCUAAGAAGACCUUGAGGAGUAGCCUUGAUGGGCCCAUUGUCCUUGCCAUUGAAGAGUUCCACAAACAAUCCUUCUUCUUUACUCAUCUGCUCAACAUCAGUGAAGCCUUACAGCAGUGCUGUGACCUCUCCCAGCUAUGGUUCCGAGAAUUCUUCCUGGAAUUAACGAUGGGUCGUCGAAUCCAGUUCCCUAUUGAGAUGUCCAUGCCCUGGAUUUUAACAGACCAUAUUCUGGAAACCAAAGAACCUUCCAUGAUGGAGUAUGUGCUGUAUCCUUUGGAUCUCUACAAUGACAGUGCAUAUUACGCUUUGACGAAGUUCAAAAAGCAGUUCCUGUAUGAUGAGAUUGAAGCCGAGGUCAAUCUAUGUUUCGAUCAGUUUGUGUACAAACUAGCGGACCAAAUCUUCGCCUACUACAAAGCAAUGGCUGGCAGUGUACUAUUGGAUAAACGUUUUAGAGCAGAAUGCAAGAAUUAUGGAGUCAUUAUUCCAUAUCCACCAUCUAACCGCUAUGAAACGCUACUGAAACAGAGACAUGUCCAGCUGCUUGGGAGGUCAAUUGACCUAAACAGACUCAUUACCCAACGCAUUUCUGCUGCAAUGUAUAAAUCCUUAGACCAAGCCAUCAGCCGCUUCGAGAGCGAGGACCUGACUUCUAUUGUGGAGCUAGAAUGGCUUUUGGAAAUCAAUCGUCUAACACAUCGGCUACUGUGUAAGCACAUGACCCUGGACAGCUUUGAUGCCAUGUUCCGGGAAGCCAAUCACAAUGUUUCUGCUCCUUAUGGCCGCAUCACUCUUCAUGUGUUCUGGGAAUUGAACUUUGACUUCCUCCCCAACUACUGCUACAAUGGAUCCACCAACCGCUUUGUCCGAACGGCUAUUCCCUUCACCCAGGAACCACAGAGGGACAAACCUGCCAAUGUUCAGCCAUACUACCUCUAUGGGUCCAAGCCCCUCAACAUUGCCUACAGCCACAUCUACAGCUCCUAUAGGAAUUUUGUGGGGCCACCUCAUUUCAAGACAAUCUGCAGGCUCCUAGGUUAUCAGGGCAUUGCUGUGGUAAUGGAAGAGCUACUGAAGAUUGUCAAGAGCUUGCUACAAGGAACCAUUCUCCAGUACGUGAAGACACUGAUAGAGGUGAUGCCCAAGAUAUGCAGGUUGCCAAGACAUGAAUAUGGCUCCCCAGGGAUCUUGGAGUUUUUCCAUCACCAGUUAAAGGACAUCAUUGAGUAUGCAGAGCUCAAGACUGAUGUGUUCCAGAGCCUGAGGGAAGUGGGCAAUGCCAUUCUCUUCUGCCUCCUCAUAGAGCAAGCUCUGUCUCAGGAGGAAGUCUGUGAUUUGCUCCAUGCUGCUCCAUUCCAAAACAUUUUGCCUCGAGUCUACAUCAAAGAAGGAGAACGCUUAGAAGUCCGGAUGAAGCGACUGGAAGCAAAGUAUGCCCCUCUUCACCUCGUCCCUCUCAUUGAGCGUCUGGGGACCCCUCAGCAAAUUGCAAUUGCCCGGGAGGGAGAUCUGUUGACCAAGGAGAGACUAUGUUGUGGACUAUCCAUGUUUGAGGUCAUCCUGACACGCAUCCGGAGCUACCUCCAGGAUCCCAUCUGGCGUGGCCCACCCCCCACCAAUGGUGUCAUGCACGUGGAUGAGUGUGUGGAGUUUCAUCGUCUGUGGAGUGCCAUGCAGUUUGUAUACUGCAUCCCAGUGGGGACCAACGAAUUUACGGCAGAGCAGUGCUUUGGAGAUGGCUUGAAUUGGGCUGGCUGCUCAGUCAUCGUCCUCCUUGGACAGCAGAGGCGUUUUGAUUUGUUUGAUUUCUGUUACCAUCUGCUGAAGGUGCAGAGGCAGGAUGGGAAGGAUGAGAUAAUAAAAAAUGUGCCCCUGAAGAAGAUGGCCGACAGAAUCCGCAAAUACCAGAUCCUAAACAACGAGGUCUUUGCUAUCUUGAACAAAUAUAUGAAGUCAGUAGAGACGGACAGUACCACCGUGGAGCACGUGCGUUGCUUCCAGCCACCCAUCCACCAGUCCUUGGCUACCACUUGUUAAGCAUAGAGGUUCCCCAAUAAGAGCCUAACAGGAGGUGGAGGGGAGGGACCACCUCCAGAGUAUGUCCAGGAUGGCUCAGGAAACUGGUAGCCUGUGGGCUGAACAUGGAACCAAACCAGAUACCCCAAGCACACCUUGACCCAAGCCAAGAGCUGGGCCUGUGCAUGUUCUUCCAUGACAUCUCCGUGGUUGGUUUCUCCCAUAGCUUAAAAAAAAAAAAAGACACAAAAAGGCAGCGCGUGCUUUUCUUCCUCGUUUUCUUCUGUGUUGAUACUGAGAAUUCAUUGUUUGACCCUUUGGCAUCCCUACAGCCUCCAGCUCUCCCACCACCCCAUCGCACGACUAUGGCUGUUCCUUUAAGGCCUUCCAUCUUGUGCCCACCUCUGCAAACAUAGCCAUCUGUGACUUCGUGCUGAUAUCUGCAGGCUCCAAGCAGGGUAGAAAUUUCUGGUGCCCAUGGUUCUUUGGAGAAGCAAUCCCUGGCAGAGGCUGAAACCAAGGGCAAGUGGUGCUUGCCUGCCUGCCUUGAGGCACAGGUCUUGGUCAGGCCCCAACUCUCCAGCUUAUCCCACAAUCCUCACCUUGCACAUCCUCCUCUCCUCCUGCUCCUCCAAAUCACACUGGACUCCAGGGACUUCAGCCCCAAGAGCACUCAAGGACUGAACAGCUGUCCUCCAAGGGCUAUUGGGCAGUGCCCACCCACACGCAGUACAUGAGGUUUCUUGGUGGUGGUUUCCUGCUGGAGAUGGUGCUUGCUCUUGCUUUUUUCUGACUCUAAAAGUAAAUUAGUAAACCCCUUCCUCCAACCCCAGCCCAACUACUGCCCUCCAGGAGGGAACUUAUCAUUUCAUUCAUGCCUAUAUAGCACAUGGAUUAGUAAUAGGUUAGGAAGAACAGCAAGGGACCCACAGGACACAGCAAUCCUAAAGCAUACAUGACCUUCACAUCUCUAAAUAAAAAAAACC